AUGGGGGAAACCAAAAUCAUCUAUCACAUAGAUGAUGAAGACACCCCAUAUUUGAUUAAACUCCCAGUCCCUGCAGACAGGGUAACUUUAGGCGAUUUCAAAAAUGCUCUCAAUCGACCAAAUUUCAAGUUUUUCUUUAAGUCUAUGGACGAUGAUUUCGG